AUGUCGCUGACCUUCUGUCGAACCAUAACACAAAAUUUCCUGUCCCCCAUACCCACACUUCUUAAAAGUUCACCGCCACACAAAUUCAUUCCAUCUCCUCAAAUCCGUCACUAUACUGCCCGUAAACCGAAAAAGCCCACAAAACUUUCUGCACCAAUAUGGGACGAGAGAAAACUUGAUGAUGGUAGUUUAUUUAUCUCCCGUGUGCCACUAGUUCCUCGAAAGAUUACAAUGGAUCAAUUGCCACCGCCCCUACGACCCGUCAGCGAACUCAAAAAACGUCAACACACUGAAGAGCAAAAGGAGGAAAUGAGAAGAUUGAGAUGGCAAGAUCCCAGGAAGUAUACUUGUGCUGUAUUGAGUAAAAUGUUUGAUUGCCCAUCGCUUAUGGUUGCUCGAUUUGCACCACUUCCACCGGUGAGAAUGGAAAUCCUUAAAGCUAGUAAAGAGAUUGCCUAUAGUAAGAUGGGUUGGAAGAAGCGAAUAGUCAAGAUGGAGAGAGCCAGAAGGAGAGCUUUGUGGUGA